CCUCCCCGUCCUGGUGGGAAUCCCCGGCAACGUGGUCCGCGCGGCCUCAAAAAUAUUUUGUUUUUUUCAGUCUUUCAGGCCUUUCGGUUAAAAUCUCAGCGCUGACUCAUCGCUUUUGGACAGGUGCGGCAGGACGUAUAAGCAGUCCUGCCACUCGCGUCUGAUUCUUCGGGGAAAGAAAACAUGGAGGAAACUGAUCUUGACAACCUGAGCCUGAGCCAGAGUCUGCAGCUGAGCCAGGAUUCAUUUAAGCAGCUGUGGGAGAAUGUUGUCACUCCACCAAUCGACACUUUUCCGAUUAAGAAUGAGAAUGAUGAAGCAUGGAGGCCAAAUGACACUGAGCAGCUCCAGAUGCUUAUUGAUACUGAACUUACAGAAGGAUUUGAUGAGCGGCUGUUUGAGUUGGCGCCAGACAUGUCGCCUACCGAUUGUACCAUUCCCCCCGCUUCUACUGUCCCAGUCACCACCGACUACCCAGGGGAGUACGAGUUACAGUUGCGAUUUAAGAAGUCUGGCACUGCUAAAUCUGUCACCUCGACUUAUUCAGAGAUUCUGAAUAAGUUGUACUGCCAGCUGGCGAAAACCAGCCCCGUGGACAUUGUGGUGAGCAAGGAGCCGCCCCAGGGCGCCAUCAUCAGGGCCACCGCCGUUUACAAGAAGACCGAACACGUGGCUGACGUUGUCCGCCGAUGCCCACACCACCAGAAUGAGGACUCGGCUCAGCACAGCAGCCACCUGAUCAGAGUGGAGGGCAGCAAGAGGGCUCAGUAUUUCGAAGAUCCGCACACAAAGAGGCAGAGUGUGACUGUGCCUUACGAACCCCCUCAGUUGGGCUCUGACAUGACAACAGUCCUCCUGGCCUUCAUGUGCAACAGCUCAUGCAUGGGCGGCAUGAACCGCCGACCCAUUCUCACCAUCCUCACGCUGGAGUCUGCAGAGGGAGUGGUUUGGGGCCGCAGGUGUUUCGAAGUACGGAUUUGCGCAUGUCCAGGCAGGGACCGCAAAAGUGAGGAAGAAAGUAACGCCCGGAUGCCAAAAGACAACAGUCAAACCAAAAAACGCAGGAGUCUUCCUCCUCCUGCAGACAAUGUCAAGAGAUUAAAGUGCGCUCACUGUGGUUACAGUGCAGAGGAAGAGGGGAAGGAGAGGUUCUCGAUCUCCUUCAACGAUCGGGAAACGUAUGAAAUGUUUAAGAAGUUGGUCGAUGGCUACGAGCUGAUUAACAGCAAAAAUAAGGCACAGGGAGCGGCAAGGCAGGAGUAUCCUCAGCCCUCCACUGGAAAAAGGCUGAUCAAGUCUGAGAGAAGCGACAGUGAUUAACAAACUCUGAGCCGAUUGUAGGAAGAAUGCCGUGCUUCUUUUUUGUUUUGUUUCUGUGGUCGUGGGUUUCAUUUCCGGUUUUGUUUCCACUUCUUUGUAGCCACGGCCAACAUUUUUGUUCUUUUCUCCUGUUGGAUGAAUAAAUAUUUGCUCGAUGGGGUGAAGGAGAGCCAUUUCAGCUGUAAUCAGGUCUGCCUCGCCCUCGGUGCUUAUGUUUAAUGUCAGAAAUGAUUUUCUGUAAUUUCUUCAUCAAUCCUGACAUGUUGCCACAGUGGAACAUGCUCUGGAAACAGAAUGGAUUUGCCGGUUUGGCCUUUAUUUGUUUUUGUUUUUUUCCUCCUUUUUGUUAUCAUUCCAUUUGUAAUGGUUUAAUAAUGUAAGAUUUAGUUAAAUGUUUGCUAGAAAAAUGUGUUUAGGUUAAUGUUUGUUCCAAGGCAGUGUAUUGGGUUAAAAGGAAGUCUGAGCUGCGUGCAUGAUUAUAAAGGCGUACAUCUAAACAGUUACUGCCAUCAAUUUAGAAAAUUAUGCAACGUGAAACAAUUUUCCACAUGUGUGAAACUUGAAAGAAUGUGCACGUCCUUGUGCUAUGCUAGCAUACUGUAACACAGCUCAGGAAAAUCCAUACAUGCGUGUAUUGUUGCUAGGGCCUCCCGAAAUUGUAUUCUCCCAAAAAAAUUUAUUAGAUGCACAGAAAAGGCAUUAACUUAGAAUUCAGAGUAAAGGAACACCAGACUUUGGAGUCAGUUUUGACCUAAUUAAUGUGUUUGGAUAAAACCAAUUUGAGAUCCUUUCCUGAGUGUCACCUAUAGGGGGUCGUAUUUAUAUAUUUAAAAAAAAAAGUUGAGUAAAGCAUGGAGAGGGGUUGGGGACAGUUAAAAUAUAGUUGCUACAGUUUUGGUCAAAAGUGAAGUUAUAAAUCUAGGAUUGGCAAAAAAAAAAAAGGAACAGUUAACUUUUCUGAAAGCUUUGUCGAGGAAAACACAAACAAGAUCAGUGUUUGGGUUCUACCAGUUGCGUGGCUUUACGGUCUUUAACGUAUUUGGGUGUUAAGUCCAGAUGUGGGUAACUUUUCAACACGAUAGGGAUUAUUUUAAAUUUUUGACCCCUGUGCAAUCUUUUGUUGAGCCCUGCCUGUGUAUAACUGCUACUCUAGGAUGGUUAUUGCACAUUUUUGUGUAGGUGCGGUUUGUAUGCUUUGUUGCGUCACCUGAUGUGGUUCUGAAAACCUGCGUGGACUAUUAAUACACACAUUGGGCUGUUUUUACAGCAAUCAUGAUGGUAUUGUGUUUUUACAGCAGUCACGUGUUAUCAAAUCAAAGAGUCACGUGCGCACUGCUCAGCAUUACCAAUUAUUUCACUGUGAUGCUACUCAUAAAAAAAAAACCUAACUUGUUAAAAUUGACACUUGAGCUUGAUGUUUGAUAGAUGGGUUGGCUGGAUCAUCCCAAA